AUGGUCCAGUGCGGAUUCAACGCGUUGGUGCCAGCGCUGGUGUUCCAGUUGAGGAUCUUCUCGUUGUACCCCAUGGGCCAGCUUCCAACUGGAGGAGUCUGGUCCAAUGGCAAUGCAGUGGGCCGGCUGACGUCGGUUGAGGGUUGCGAACUCUGUGUUAAUGCGACGACAGUCCACAUGGACGACUUCAACGUAGUCGACGGUGAAAAUGACUUAUUCACCUUGAAUGCACAAGGUCUGCUCCGAACGGACGAUGAACAGUAUAUUGGCAUCUAUGGAAAGGGGCUGCUGCGCAACAUCCCCAAGGUGAAAGCGAUACUGGCCAAUGAGACAGAUGCGGUACCGACGAAAUGGGGCGAGAUCGACACAUUCACGACCUGGACCUUUCAAGCCUCUGGAAAGUACGCCGCACUGACCGAAGGGGUUUACGUUGCGAAUAUCAGGAUAGCCCCGCCUGACAAUGCGGAAACCAAGUCUUACAUCGACUAUAAACUCAGCAGAGUGACGACAGGCGAGUCAUGCCAAGAUGAAACAGAUGGGAAGAACGUCCAUAGUUCUGCCUCUGUUGGCGAGCUGUAA